UGCUCGCGCCGCCGCGGCCGCCGCGCUGGCCCCCGCGCUCGCGGCCCCUGGCGCCGCCUCCGCAGCCCGCGCCGCCGCGAUGGCGGAGGACAGCGAGUCUGCAGCCAGCCAGCAGAGCCUGGAGCUGGACGACCAGGACACUUGCGGCAUAGACGGGGACAAUGAGGAGGAGACCGAGCACGCCAGAGGAGGUUCCAGAGGGGACUUGGGGGCCAAAAAGAAGAAGAAGAAACAGAAGAGAAAAAAGGAGAAGCCAAAUUCCGGAGGCACCAAGUCAGACUCUGCAUCUGAUUCCCAGGAGAUUAAGAUUCAACAGCCUUCAAAACACAACAUCAUCUGGCAGCAGAUUUCAGCGGGAGCAGCCACGGAAUCCUGCCAUACCAGUGCAGAAGCUGCAGGACAUCCAGAGAGCAAUGGAGCUGUUGUCGGCGUGCCAGGGCCCCACCAGGAACAUCGGUGAGGCUGCCAAGCACAAAUACCAGUUUUGGGACACACAGCCGGUACCCAAACUAAAUGAAGUGAUAACAUCUCAUGGUGCCAUUGAAGCAGAUAAAGACAAUGUGCGCCAAGAACCGUACUCCUUGCCACAGGGCUUUAUGUGGGACACGUUAGAUUUGGGUAAUGCAGAGGUGCUCAAGGAGUUGUACACCUUGUUAAAUGAGAAUUACGUAGAGGACGAUGACAACAUGUUCCGGUUUGACUAUUCGCCCGAGUUCCUGCUGUGGGCUCUGCGUCCCCCAGGCUGGCUUCUUCAGUGGCACUGUGGAGUCAGAGUGUCUUCGAACAAAAAACUGGUAGGGUUCAUAAGUGCCAUCCCAGCAAACAUUCGGAUUUACGACAGUGUGAAGAAGAUGGUGGAAAUCAACUUUCUUUGUGUUCAUAAAAAAUUGAGAUCAAAACGGGUAGCCCCAGUGUUAAUUCGAGAAAUAACUAGAAGAGUGAACCUGGAAGGGAUUUUCCAGGCCGUUUAUACUGCUGGCGUGGUUCUUCCGAAGCCAGUGGCCACGUGCAGAUACUGGCAUCGGUCACUAAACCCCAGAAAAUUGGUAGAGGUGAAAUUUUCUCACUUGAGUAGAAAUAUGACUUUACAGAGAACAAUGAAGCUGUACAGACUUCCCGAUGUGACAAAGACUUCAGGCUUGAGACCAAUGGAACCAAGAGAUGUCAAAGCAGUUCGAGAAUUAACCAACAGUUACCUGAAGCAGUUUCACCUUGCCCCAGUGAUGGAUGAAGAGGAAGUAGCCCACUGGUUCCUCCCCCAGGAGCACAUUAUUGACACGUUUGUAGUGGAGAACUCCAGUGGUAAACUUACUGACUUCCUGAGCUUCUACACACUCCCCUCCACAGUCAUGCACCACCCUGCUCAUAAGAGCCUCAAGGCUGCCUACUCCUUCUACAACAUUCACACGGAGACGCCCCUGUUAGACCUCAUGAAUGAUGCGCUCAUUAUAGCUAAAUUGAAAGGAUUUGAUGUAUUCAAUGCACUAGAUUUGAUGGAAAAUAAGACAUUCUUGGAAAAACUCAAGUUUGGAAUAGGAGAUGGCAAUUUACAGUAUUACUUGUACAAUUGGAGGUGUCCAGGAACAGAUUCUGAAAAGGUUGGACUUGUAUUACAAUAGAUGGAUGUUUCCAUCCCUAGAACUCUGAUACCAUCCAUCAUUUGUUAAUAUUCUAUUUAAUGAUUCCUGGAACUGUCAUUCCAAAGAAUAAAAGCACAACCCAAGUGAAACUGAUGCAGUCAGUAAUAAUUGGAAAAGAUGAAAAAACAUCCAUAUGUGACCAAUACUACAUAUGUCUAGCUAGAAUGUUAACAUUCUUCCUUUUUUUCACUGUUUACCCAUUUGAAGGAGGGAUGAAAGAGUACAAAGAGCACAUUCCUCUAAUUUUCAAACUUUUGACCAUCUCUUGAAGGUAUUUUUCCAUUCUCUAGAAAGGGCCUUUUUUUUUUUUUUAUGGACGGAACAGAAGUCACAGACUUGUGUAAGAAAAUCUUUGCUAAUGUAUGGAGAUAAACUGCUACAUUUCUAUUUAUCAAGUGAUGGUCUUUUUGUCUGUGUAACAGAAUAAAGGAUCCAAUUGGGAAAUUUUUCCUCCUAUCAUCUUCCAUGCUAUCAUUGGAGACAUUUCUGGAAUCAGCAUUUCCACAACUCCAUGAUGAGUGGUGGGUGUUUGUGUGUAGAGCAAGAUAAAAAUGUACUGGUGACUAGUACAUUUAUUUCUCCAGAAGCAAAGUUGCCAAAUCAAUAAACACACAAAUUUGUACUUUAAUGUUCAACAGGUUGGUGAUUGGGUUCAAAAGCAAAGUUUUGUGGAAAUAUGAAAUGUGCUCUCUGAAAGAGUAUUCACCAUGACUAACUAGACUUUGCUGCUGCUGCACAAAGUCGUUUCUUUUCAGGAACAGCAAGGAUAUGUGAGGAAAGUGCUAAAGUCAAAGGAACUGCCCAGUGGAAUUUAUUAGUGCUAUCAGGAUAUUGAUAGUUUGAAUGUUUUUAUUACUUAUGCAAAAUUGCACAUAUUCCUUAAUGCUGACUUUAAUUUAUCAUGAAAGCUGUCAUGCUAAUAGAAAAUGUCUUAUUUGUAAAUAAGUAUUCAUACUUUUGUUACUGAUGGUGUUUUUAUCUAGAAUUUGAAAAAACAAGUUUCACAGUGUACAUAUAUAUAUAUAUAUAUUGUCAAUAGUCCAAGGAGAAAAAAGAUGCUAAAUGAGGCCAUAUAAACUGGCCUUGACUCAUUCCACGAAGUCAUUACUUUUUUCUGCCUUCCCUCUUCCAGUGCCUAGGCUGUUCUGUCCAGAAAAUUUUAAUUAUUUUAGACAUGAUGGCUUUUCCUUCAUGUUAUAAGUAGUCAAAUGAAACCAGUCCUAUCUUAUACCAGGCAGGGGCUAGCAAACUAUAGCCCAUCACCCUAAUCCAGCCCAUCACAUGUUUUUGUACACCCUAAGCUAAAGAUGGUAUUUACAUUUUUGAGUGGUUAGAGGAAAAUAACAACAUUUUGGGAUACAUGAAAAUUAUAUGAAUUUCAAAUUUCAGCAUCCAUAAAUAAAGUUUUAUUGGAACACACACUUAUUCACUUAUAUACUGCCUAUGGCUGCUUCAUGCUACAAAAGACAGAGUUGAUUUGUUUCCAUAGAGGUUGUAUGAACCAAAAAGUCUAACAUAUAUGCUAUCUGGCCCUGAAAGAAAAGUUGUUGAUCCUGAUUUACAUUAAGGAGCUGAAUGCUACUUUCUGCAGCUUGCCAUUAACCAACAGGCCAACCCAAGGCUUGUGGUAUCCUUGAGACUACCGGUAGAGGGCGUGCGUGGGCCCCACAGUAGAGCGUACUCAGAUAACUGUGUACUUUCUUGAAGACAUAAAGGAAGAGUUCUCAUUUAGGAUGAUUCAACCCAAUGGUAUUACUAUUUUUCCUUAACAGAAGAUGAAAACUUCAAGAAGCAAAACUGAACCAAUUUACCAGAGUUAAAUAAAUGAGAUUUUAACUUAAUCUGAAGCCAAGGCACAGUUGGGAAUUAUGUUCCAUUCAUUUUUAUAGCACAGAGUCAUACAAAGGGAGGUUUUCAAAUAAUUACAGAAUUGCCAGUCAGAAAUUUUGUCACGGGCUAAAAUUCCAAUUUUAUUAAAAUCUUUUUUUUUUCUCAUUUAAAAAUAACUAGCACAUUUGCCUCUAUAAUUUAAGCAAAUUAUGUAAAACUGCUGCGUUUAAGUAGCUAUCAGAACUAAAUUUCAGUGUAAUAUAGUGUUUUAAAUAUUCAAAAAACCUACAUUUGUCCUGCAUCCUUUGUCAAUAAUGAAAAUACUCAAUUUCUUAAGGGAUUUUUUUUUUUUUUGCCACGAUAGUAUUCAGUAAAAUUUAAAUGAGUGGAAGUAGCAUAAUUCAUGCAUCAAACAGAAUUAAAGCUGAAAAUAAACUCUGGCCACUCUUCCCCUUAAAUUAGAAAAAGUUACUUUUUCAAACACACACUGUAGGUAGCAGACACUGUCAUAACCAUAGAGUACUGAUUAUGCUCCAUUUCUUAACAUGAAGGAUGCCCAUCAUUGUACAGACUCGCCUCUGAGAAUCCAAGCUGUUUUUUUAUCUUCUUCCUGCCUCAUUGCACCUGAUUACCAUCAUACUUUUUAUACAUGUUAUGUUUUCAAGGAAAUGUUAACCAUGUAAAGUGGUGAAUUCUAACUAGUCAAAAGACCUUAUCUGGCUUUUCCUAAAGGUGUCAAGCCUUUCUCCCAAGCCAAUGCUUAGACCUACCCAAUGGAAGUAAAAUAGAAGGAAAUAAAAACCUGAUGUAUUGUUUCUGAAGACAAUGUAUUGCUUAGCAUUUAGUAUCUUUCCUUUAAAACUGAUGGCGUAUCUGCAGUCCAGUUUCAUCUACUCUAAUUUAGACCAUGUGCACUGUGGUACAUUUUCUAAGUUUGAGAGAAAGAUGUUAAGUGCUGUAGGAUACAGAUGUUUUUGCUCACAAGCAUUGUACCAACCUUUAAAAAGUGAAUCUAUACAAGCAUGGACAUUAGUGUCAAUAAACUUUUGAUAUGCAUA